UUCCAUGCCCAUUUUGAGUACGUCCCGGUAAGCCGCAUGGUUGUGUGUAAGACGCAUGAACAAGGCAUAGUAAGGGCACAAUUCGAUGCCCAUUUGAACAAUAAACACAAGGAGAUAUUGCCCAGUGCGAGACGCACCAUGGCGACAUGGGCCGUCACCCAGCACCCGGAAUGGGCAGACGAAGAGAGCGACAUCGUAUGGCCCGCCGCCGAUUCCGCACCCGUACCCCAUUUGCCCGUGUUCCACGAUGGAUUUCAGUGUUUGGGUUCGACGGCCGACGAGAUGCCGUGUACGUUUAUGCGACGCACCAUCCAAGGCAUCCAGUACCAUUGCCAGCACGAGCACGAUUGGCAGAACAGCCAGAGGAAAGGGAGACCGUAUCGAGGCCAGGUUCCCGUUGGCACCAUGUGGAGGACGGGGGUGCAUUGCCAGAAGUUCCAAUCCCGCGGUCCGUUGGCGCGGUUGUUCGAGGUAUGCCCAGCCGAGGAUGGACAGGGACAGAUGACGGCCGAACAGCGAGCCAUCCAGGAAGCCGUUGGCGUGUCCAUGGCCGAUGCCAAAGCCAACAUCACCGCAUUGGCCAAGAAGCAGCAAGACCAGAUUGAGGCCGACAACGAUCGAUUCGAAUUCCAUCGGUGGUUGAACCGGGCGCAGUGGGCGGUGCAUUUGGAAGGAUUCGAUCGGGCGUGGUUGGUGUCGUUGACCCGUCGACCGGAACGGCGCGAGAAGGCAUUGGACAAGGUGUGUUGGGCGGCGCAGAUGGUGAUAUGGAAGGCCCAGCAGGCAUCCCAGGCCAGCGUAGUGGGCAUGCCGGCUAUGAAUUACAUCAACCGACGAGAAGUGGGCAACGACACCAACGAGAAGCCGUUCAAUGCCCGACAGACCGAGAAGACCAUGAUCCGGUAUAGCGAGAGAUGGUUGGAGGUGAUUCGAUACAUUUGGCGAACCCACGCCAUGUCGCCCAUCAGCCCGAAGGAGAUGGAAGAGGGA